CGUUCCCCCCUCAACAUGCUCCUCCCAUGCUUCCUCUCGCGCCGCGCCACACAACACACCACAGCUUGGUCCAGGCCGCUCACACGCUCGCAGGGCAGAGCUCACUGGAAGAGGCGUGUGUGUUUGUGUGUGGGUGUGCUAGCUGCCUCCUGUUAUCCUGUUCCGCUCUCUGCUUCCCCCGCCUUGGUCGAGCAGAGUUCCGUGGUCGUCGAAGUCGUCAUGGGGAUUCACACGUAUGAGGAGGACCCCGUCACGUCCCCGCUGGGGGGCGUGGAGCCCGGCCUUGCCCUGGGCACCAUCGAGGAGGCCAAGGAGGGAUCCACCGCCGACGAGAGCGAGGGAGAGAACACCUUGGAGAUCCCGCAGGACGAGACAACAGAAACACCAGAAAAAGGAGACGAAGAGAAGAAGGCUGAGGAAAAGCCCAUUGAAGAUGAGGAUGAGAGCAAUGACGAGGAGGACGAGGAGGGGGAGCAGCCGGAGGUGAUGGUGGGGGCGCUUGCGUACGAUUGGGCAAAUCACCCAGACGUGGACGGUGGCUGGGCCUGGGUCAUCCUCUUUGCCAUGUUCGGAGUCUUCGUCAUCACUUCCGGUCUCCUCAACACCACCGGGAUGUAUUACGUCCAGAUGCUCUCUGAGUAUGGUUACAGCCGCUCCUACACCGCCUGGAUGGGCUCCCUCAUCAACGCCUUCUUCAUGCUCGGAGGGCCUCUGAGCUCCAUGUUCAUCCAGUCCUGGGGCUGCCGAGCUGCACUCAUCUUUGGUUCCCUCUUGAUGUCCACUGGUUAUCUGGCAUCAGCCUUCACCACUUCCCUGGAGGCUCUCUUCUUCACCUAUGGAGUGGUAGUAGCGUGUGGCAUGAACUUCGCUUACUCUGGUCAGAUCAUGGCCCUCAACCAGUAUUUCUACAAGCGCCACUCCAUUGCCACUUCCAUGGCCAUGCUGGGCAUAGGGCUGGGCAUUUUCUUCCUGAGUUCAGUGACUGAGCAUAACAUAGAAGAAUAUGGAUGGCGAGGCUCCUUCAUCUGGAGUGCUGGGCUCAGUCUGCAAAUAGUAGUUUUUGGAUCCCUCAUAUUUCCUCUGCAACCUGUUCCUGAGGGCAAGAUGACACAGCAGCCAAAGGAGAACAUCCCUGAACCAUCCAGGCCACUGAAGGCAAUCAGAACAUCCAAGAGUCGGAUGCUGUUAGGAAAGUCGCUGAAUCAUAGAUCUUUCUCCAGCCUUCGUCUGUCAGCAGAAGCAAGUUACCUCGGCCACUCCCAGCUAAGUCUGAUGGACUCCCAGCGUCACCUCAGCAACGUGCGCUCCAACCAGCACAGCUUCUGUUCCAAGGGCUCUCACCUGGUCAUUGGCAGCAUAAGGUCCAACGGCCACAGCUUCUGCACCAGAGACUCCCACGCUGAACUGUCCCACUUCGAUCUUCGCUCCAACCAGUUCAGUUUCCACCACAAAGACUCUUUUGCAGAAUUUGGCCUCCAUUCUAAUGCCCACAGCUUCUGCUCCCGCCGUGACUCUCAGGCUGGGCUGAAUGGGAUCAAGUCCAACCCUCACAGCUUCAUCCACCACCACCACGUGCUGGAUGGCGAGGGGGACAGUCUGAAGGGUAGCUGUGGGGGUGGCCGGGCACGCUUCAUGCUGCGGGAGGGCGACUGUGACCUGGGCUGCUGCGUCCUGGAGGAGGAAGAUGACUGCCUUAGUGAGCAAUCGGCAGGAGAGGAACACCAGUCCGUGUGUCUCGUGAUGGCUGGCAAGGUGAAGCACAAGAUCUGCAACUCACUCAGAGGACUCACCAGGAAAUCAGAGGACAACCUUUGUAUAAAUGCACGCUUCUGGCUGCUGGACUUGGCCUUCUUCUUUGCCAUGCUGGGGACAAUGUGCCUCUUCAUUAUCUACAAGGACUUUGCUGUCUCCAAGAAUGUUGGGGAGUACUACACCAUGGGACUCUCAGGCAUUGGCAUUGGUGACCUGGUGGGCAGGAUGAGUGCUGGCUUGAUGCUCUCCAGUGAAUUUUUCAACCCACUGCUUAUGUACGGCCUGACAAUGUUCUUCUGCGGUCUGGUGGUGAUCUGCCACAUGCUCAUCACCACCAGCACUCACUUCCUCGUCCUCGCGACACUGUUUGGAAUCUUGUACGGCUCACAGAAUGUGCUCAUUGCAGUCGCUCCAUCCAAGAUUUUUGGACGGGAAAAGCUGCCUACUGUGUUUGGCUACAUCCUCUUCUUAGGCGGCCUUGGGGCUCUGUUUGGGGCACCCAUUGCUGGCUCCAUUGUGGACAGUACUGGCAGCUUUGAUGGAGUGUUGGGAUUCACCUCAGCCAACCUUUUUGUUGGCUCUAUCCUCCUCUUCAUCUGCUUCCUGGUCCAUCGUUCUGCUGUCCGGCCACAGACUGUACAGAUACAGGUGUAAAACAUUCACUAUGGUGCAGUAUCUCAUAAUUUUCAUGUUUUUAGUUACUUUGUCAACAUGAAAGCUGUAUAGCUUGACCCGAUAGGUGUUGCAAUAUGGUAAUGUCCUGAGCUGCCAGGUACCGCUGCUCCUGUCAAUGUUGACAUGGGACACUUUUUCUUUACCUAGUGUCUGAAGAUAUUAUUUGUAUUGAUAUAAGUAAAACUCAAGUGAUAUAUUGUGUAGUUCAUGAGACAAUGGAUUUUAAAAUCAAUGGCAUUGAUGUAGAUAAAGCUGCAGUGCAGUUUGAUGAGUGCAUGUCUCAUUAUAUGAGCUUAUAUUACUUUGAAAAAAUACCAAAGAUUAUUACUUGAUAUAUUUAGACUAAAUUGUGAUACAGCCUUGUUAUAAGUACUAGCACUUAAGGAUAUGUCUUAAAGGUCUGUUUUUGUGUAGCUGCAAACACGUACAUAUGUUACUAAUAGUACUUUAUAGUUACCAAAUGAUAAGCAAUAGAUAUUUUUAUACAUAAAUCUGUCUUUUCACAUAAAUUAUAAUCUGCAAUAUAAUUCGCCUCAGGAACCAACGGAAACAUGCCCACAUCAGUGUUAAUCCACUGUGAAAUCAUGAUGUAAAAAUGGAAACUAACAUUAACCUUAAGGUUGGAGUUAAGAAUUCUGUCUCAUCUUAUAUCAAGACUCUUAUGCACUAAACAUUCUCUCUCAAGUAUUAGCUCACUAUCUAUCCUAGGCCCAGUGGAGGCCAAACAGGUGUAUUUGUGAAUUGGGCUGUGUGAAAUCAAAGUUCUGAAACGUGAAUGUUUGUAGGUGAACAUGUAGCUCAUUUUACAGAACCAAUGAUUAGAUUUUCUGAAAUUCCAAUACCUAGGUUUGUGCCAACAGAUGCUGCAAGAAAAGUGUGCAUCCACUUGUUAACCGAAAUCACAUGAAAUUCACAUGGAUUUGCUUAGGUGCUCUAACUUAGGCUCUGACCAUAGAGUCAUUUGGGGAGAUAUACUUGCAUGUAGAUUUCAUGUUAUUUUUAUUUGUAGUAUUUGUUGAGGAUUCCACCAAAACUUUAGUGAGUGAACUGUCAAGACUUUGGAGAUAUAAUCAUGCAAUAUCCCUUCUAACUUGCACCAGAAUUAGUGUAGUACAAACUGAUGGAGCAUCUCACAGCAUUGCUUGCAUUGUAACCCUGAGUCAUGGAAUGGCCAGCAUGGCACAGGCACACACUGAGAGGCUUUUUUUUAAACAAGGCACCCAUGUGCAUCUUUCCCACCAAAAUUCAACUUUCCAGCCUUCUUUGUGACGUCCAGGUGACUGACUCAAGAGAUGGUGAGAAGGGGUUGACAGGUGCAUGACGUCUUGAUCUACAAUCUGAUCCAUUUUGGGAAGCCGUGCUGGGUUACAUGUGGGUAUAUAUCACUCAUUCGGGAAUGGCCUGACGGGGUGUCACAGCUUACGGGUUAACAUAAUGGCAGGAAACAAUAGCUUUCAAUUCCAUAAAGCUUCAUUGUCUGCAUAAAUGUUCUCUUUUCAGUCUUUGUUCUUGGGGUAUUCAUUGUUGUGAGACACUGUGAAUAUUAAUAAUAACAGUUGGUUAUUUGAUAACCUGGUUCUCACUGAAUAUAAGUACUGAUUUCUUAAUGAGCAUUUAUAUCGAUGUGCUCUGUAUUUUGUGGCAUUUUGAAUGUUUAGAUUUUAAACUGCUUCACUGCAUCUUCAACUACUUUUAAAAUAUUAGUUCAUGGUUACCCAUGAGUAGAUAUGCAUUGCAUCAAUGCAUAUGUGUUAUGCAGACCAUGUAAAUAUUUUCAGAUGUGUAUGCCAUACACAUUAAUUUAUGCAAUAAGGAGGUGUGUAAUUAUUGACAUUGCUUGGAUUUUCCUCUUCCAUAUUUGUACAUAUUGACUUUUAUAUUUCAUUUAAGUAUUACACAUCUCAGGCUGAUAUAACUGUACAUGUAUGAUUCUUUCUUCGUUGGAAAAACCUUAGACAAUUGUAUAUUUUCUAAUUAAACAAAAAAUAGCAGUAUAUAAAGAGGAAAAAAAACAUAAUGUAUAAAAAUCUGUGAUAAACUUUGUACCAAUCAAAAAGGCUCUAGGGAAAACACUGGCUUGGCCACUGUGCUGAGUCUGGUAUGAGCACAAAGACAUUUAUGUUGGUGGUAAAUUGACUUUUUAAAUUGAUUAUAAUACUAGUUGAUUCAUGUGCUUAUGUUGUUCAUUGCAUCAGACAUUUUUUUCACCUUUUCCUUAUCAAUGCUUCUUAAAUGUACAACCUCUUGCCUCACUCUGUACAGUAAGGGAAACAUCUUCACCAGUGGUGAUGAUUAUAAGGAGGCAGAGUGUAUUUAUGUAAUAAUAUCUUAAUAUUAGUCCCAAACACAUAAUCGUGACUUGCCAAAAUGGUAGGCAAAGCUUCACUAAGCAUAUCUCAUUCUAGCAGCUCUUGUUAAAGAUCCCUGAAAAAAAGAAUGAAUGUUGUGAAAGAACUUUUCAUGCUGUUACUAUGCCUCUGCAAGAUGACACAUGUAACUUUGCUCUAGCUAAGCCACCAGUGCAAUGGCUUAUGUCGUGUUCCAAACUUGGUUCGCCUUAGGCAAACGUCAUUUAUUCCAGUAUUAUUUUCUGGAGGUGGAGCUGUCAUAGAGCCUCUGCUUAGUGCUGAGGGCAAGGCACUGAGACCUAAAGUGGAGCUAACUUUCCUUGUGCCAUUUAAUUGUAUUGUAUGUAAUAAAUCUUACUAUUUUUUAUUUGUUAAAAUCUUACGUUGAUGACAGUUUGAAUGCACAACUUUUAAGUUCUGUACAUAUAUUUGCCUUUCAGAAAUGUUUUACAAAAGUGUCUAUACUCUAUUCAAUGAAGUACAAUAAAUGAUGCUCAAGUAA